ACGAGGACUUCCGGUCAAAUCUGCCGAUUUCAGCGGAGCAAAUAUUUUUGCUCCACGGAGCAAUCCGGGAUCAGCGGCUGGUCCCAAUGUGCCAUUGGAACACACAGCUCACGAUCCCAUUCUGCCAUUGGAAUAGGAUUGCUACAUACAGAGCAGAAAAACUUGAUUUGGAUCUUCCAUUGGACUUCAACAUUUUACUGAUGGAAAAUUAUAUGCGCAAAAAUACACACGAGAGAUACAUGCUGCUUGAAGAACAAGAAAAACAUUUGUUCUCGAAAGAAAACCGUACAAUAACAUCGUAGAAUGAAAGCCGACACCGAGGCCGCAAUGCACGCGCAAUUGCCGAGCGGCAUCAAAAAAAAUAAUAAAACGAAAUAAAGAAGGGAAAGAAAGGCGUCUAUUUCUAAGGUAUAAACAAAAUACAUGUCAACUGCAAUUAUGAACACAAUUUGAGGCGCCUCAACGCAUAUACCAGUGUGCAAGGUAGUACGAAUGACCCUUCCCAGAAGUAUCCCAGAAGAAACAGCAGUUUCCAACGGUGCGACCGUGACGCGAUUCAAUCCACGUCGAUCGCAGCGCCGCCACAGUAGAUUUCAUCGUCGCGAACCCGACUGGUCAUGCGCCGCCCCAUCCGUUCGCACCACUCAACCGUUUUCUAGUACACACUAGGGCAGCCGGCAGCAGCAGAAGAGCGAUAUUUUUGGUCACAGUACCGCAGUGCUUUCAUGCAAUAAAGAACUGCUUUCGAAGGAUACCUCAGACAAUCGUCGGGCACCCCGGGGUCUGUUCCAUUAUCAGUGUGCCCAAGUGCCUGUGCUGCCGAAACGCAUCUGGAACAAAGGCUUCAGAAAUGCGAUGAGCCUAGCUGAAGGCGUCCCUUCCAGAAUGGAAUGCCACACCCCUUCCAAGGUCGUCGGUCAGGUCGAGGUUGGCAUGCAGUACAGCUUGCCUCUGGCUGACAAGUCUGUUGGGUGCUGCUUCAAAGCAUGGAGCGAAUCUAGAAGCGUGCAGACUACGGAGACUGUGGAGCAGUUAAGCUCCGCCUCAGCAUCGAGGCCUUCUAUUUCUCCGUCAACUGCAACAUGUGACAACUCAAACCAAGGAUGCCUCCACUUACGUCACCUAUGCGACAAUGAGGCUGACGAAGCGUUUCAUCUGGAAGCGCAUGCCAGCGUCCAUACUGGCAAGAAGCCAUUUCAGUGCCCUUCAUGCCAUAGGAGCUUGUCAAACAGAUCCAACUUAAAGGUUCACCUGCGCACCCACACCGGCGAGAAGCCAUUUGAGUGCCCUUCAUGCUCUCGGAGGUUCUCACGAAAGGGACAUCUUAUGGAACACCUGCUCACCCACACAGGCGAGAAGCCAUAUCACUGCUCUUCAUGCUCUCGGAGCUUCUCAGAAAAAGACAAGCUUAUGAGACACCUGCGCGCUCACACAGGGGAGAAGCCAUAUCAGUGCCCUUCAUGCUCUCGGAGCUUCUCAGGAAAGUGCACCCUUACGAGACACCUGCGCACCCACACAGGUGAAAAGCCAUAUCAGUGCCCUUCAUGCUCUCAGAGCUUCUCGCAAGAGUACAACCUUAUGAGACACCUGCGCAUCCACACAAAGAAGCCAUUUCAGUGCCCUUCAUGCUCUCGGAGCUUCUCGGAAAAGGUCAGCCUUAUAAAACACCUGCACACUCACACAGGCGAGAAGCCAUUUCAGUGCCCUUCAUGCUCUCGGAGAUUUUCACGAGAGAGCCGCCUAAAAAUUCACCUGCACAGUCACACAGGCGAGAAGCCGUAUCAGUGCCCUUCAUGCUCUCGGAGGUUCUCACAAGAGAGCAACCUUACGAGACACCUGCACACCCAUACAGGCGAGAAGCCAUUUCAGUGCCCUUCAUGCUCUCGGAGCUUCUCGUUGAAGAGUGCCAUGAAGGUACACCAGCGCAUUCACACAGGUGACCGGCCAUACAGCUGCACUAUCUGCUCCAAGUCUUUUACACGGUCUGAUCACUUGAGCAGACAUAAGAGAGGACAGCAUUAUGAUAUUGUAGGGUAGGCCAACAACCAUGUUGAACUAGACUUCAAAGUACAAAUCUACUAACAUGUAGCGAGUUACAUAGUGUUCUUCUGCACCAGGUAGCGCAAAUGUCUUGAUGUGCUUUUAAAGGAAUCCUGGAACACUUUUUACAGAUUAGCAUAUUUGCUCUAGAUCUUUUCUCAGCAUGUCAGAACGAAUAGAGCAGAAGAAAUAAUGAAACUGAUGCACGCAAAGCCGUUUUAGCCUACGUUAUAGCCUACAUUACAGAUAUCUGAAUGAUCUGCUUUCUAAGCUCCUUGCGUGCCUUUUUUUAUCCCAGUAUCCUCUUUUGGUAUAUGUGAACUUGUUCUUCUAGGCCAAUUCGUGUGUUUGUUGCCUCUAGGUUCCGGUUUACGUGGUUCAUGCUGGACAUUCUUUUGAUCUUCCUGUAUUCAAGCCUGUUUGGUAUUUCUUUUUUUUUCAACAGGGUUCUUAAGAGCAGCAAUUGAUUGUUCAAUAAGUUAGCUUGCCACUGUUUGUUUUAUCAGAGCACCAAAUAAAACCCUUUGUUUAUUGAGUA